GGCGAGGAUGAACAAGAGUGACGAGUGGUUCUGUCAUUUACUAUCCAAAUUCCCUCUGCUAGAAAGCUUGACACUUGAAUUAUUCGCAUCAUUGAGACGAAUCAGGAUCUCGAAUCCACUCUUGAAGAAGAUCUCAAUAGAAAGUUGCUUUCACUUGGAGGAUAUCAGAAUUGAUACCCCAAAAUUGUUGUCUUUCCGUUAUGAGAAUCACUACCAUAUAAGCCGGUGGACGCUGCCCUUCAUAUGGACAGACAAUACUCCUUAUAGUUGUGCCUUUGGAUUGGAGAUUUCUUUUGAUCAGGAUCCUCCUGGGCUGUGUUUGGAGAAGCUCCAGAAAUUCCUCAUUGGAUGGUCUGCUACAUUUAGAUGCCUCGAAUCAACCGUGUGUCUCUGCCAGCAUGGCGAGAGAAUUGACGAAGAUAUGAAGAAGAAAUUGGCUUUAUCAGCUCCUGGGAUACAAUAUAUGAUUUUCGAGUUCUUUCCUGAGGCAUCCCAAUCCCAGGAUAUCAAGUUCCUUAUUCUGGAUUGCUUGUUUCAUACUUGCCGACCUACAAGUGUUAUUCUCAGGGUGCCAGAUCCUUUACUAGAGUUAAUCUGCAAGGCAUUUGCACGCAAGGAGGAGGAUCCUGACUAUCCUGACUGCUGUUCCAGUGCUGGGGGGUCUUCGUGUUUUUGUCACGGGCUUAAAGACGCGAAGAUUGACUGGUUUGAGGGUACCCACCAUGGUAGACCUUUAGACUGGAGCACCUUGUGCAGUCUGCUGCCCGUUGAAGUUUGGAUUAGAUUGCAGUGGUGGGAUUAGCAACGGGACACUGCUGGACGAUCCAUGUUUUCCUGUACGGAAUACACUUUUUAGUGAGCUGUGUAAUAAAUGCAGAACAUAAGCAGCUUCGUAGAGUGCAGGAUGAGUCCUUUUAAUUGGAAACAAAUAGUUAUGGCUGUGUCUGGUUUGGUGCUUAUGCACCUAUCCUAUCUUCAAUGCAGAAACGGAGUUAGAAUUUUUAGUCA